CCCCUCCUUUCUUCUCCACCGCACGCGUAGUGUCAUUUAUUUAUUUAUUUAUCACCCCCAGCCAUCAACACCCUUUUAGGACUCCCAAGCUUUUCAAUGUGAGUGGGAGGAGAAAAGGGCAGGAAGUGUUGACUGGAAGGGGGUUAGAUCGUGCGUCAGGGUGAGACAUUCUGCCCUGGAAUACACAAUCAGGAAAAUCUUGGGAAAUGAGAAUUUUAGCUGUGCUUAGGAAACGCCGCUAUCCGAUGAGAACCAACUCCGUGCCGUGCGUGUCUCCUCUGCUUUUAUUGUAUGGGUUUACCAGUCUAGCUGCCCUGACUGUGGGGGAGGGGAAAGGGGGCAAGUAUUAAAGAGGACAAUCUCGCCCAGGAUCCUCAACACCGCGCCUUCACCGGAUGCGCGCUCCUCUAUGCGAAGGAAUCCAGCAACAACCCCUAAUUCAGAGGCGGACAAAAGAAACUUUAAUUAAGGUCUCUGCCCCGCGCGCCGUGCUGCGUGCUUUUUCUCUCUUGGGGCUGUUGAUGUCCAACUAGAGGAUCUGAGAAAUAGAGAUGGUUCCACCAACUCAUGCCCUUGAACUUCGAUUACUCCUGACUUGCUGUAUUGAUUUUUUUCUUCUCUAUUUUUUGUUUUGUUUUGUUUUGUUUUUGGUACCAUAGUUCCCCUCAUUAACCAUCUUUAGGAGAUCUUUAACCUGGUGAGAGAAGGGGUGGAAAACCAUUCUUGGAAGAAGUAUCGUCCUGAACAGACAAUUUUGGGGGAAAUUACACUAAAUAAAAAUUCAAGGUGUGAUGCUGCAGUUUGGCUCUCUUGUCUUCAACACCAUGGCACCUUAUCAUUAGGAGCGAUGAUUGUUACUUUCCAAGCCUUUAGAUGAUCAGCCGGAAAGUGCAAACAAUGUGCAAACAACACCGGGCGUGAGGGUGGAAAGUUAUUUAAGCACGCCCCCCCCCCCCAGCUCUGGUGCGCCGUCAAAACAUUUCACAAGUUCAGAAAAGAAAGUGGUAGCUUCUAGAUCAGAAUGAUGGGUUCCUUCUUCUUUCCAAAUCAGAAGAGAUAUAAAACGCACAAUGAGCCUUUAGAGGGCGAAGGCUUAAAAAUGCGUGCCAGUAAUGGACAACUUGAGCCCUUCACUGAAGAUACACUGAAAGCUGGAAAGGAAUUAAAAAGCCCCACGUGGUUGAUCUGGGUUUAGACUUGCAACCUUCAGUUCUUUGCAAAGAUUGGCCUCUAGAUGGAUACAUUUGAGGGACCCUCUGGAGCCGGGGUUGGGCGCUUGGGGCAGAGCUGACGGUGCGAGCGCUUCGGGGUCCCCAUUAGGGGCUUGCUCCUCUGACCAGGGAGGCCGGGCGCCUCCUGAAUCCUAGAGCGCACGCCUGGGACCCGGCGGUCCCGCUUCUCGCACCGCCUUUUCCGCAGGUCUUUAUUCAUCUCAUCUCUCUUCCCCUUCUCCACCUCCUUUGCCUCCUUCUCCUCCUCUUCCUCCUCCUCCUCCACCACCACCACCACCUCCUCCUCCUCCUCCGCCGCCGCCGCCACCUCCUCCUCUUACAUCUCACUGGCCUGGCUCUGUGUUGUUCAGAGUGACAAAGACAAUGUCCCAGCCUUAACUUUGCAACCACCUUGCCUCCUUCUGGGGUUCAGCGCGGGAGGGGGGUGGGCAGCAGUCGCAGCUUCAGCAUCUCCUCCAGCUUCUCCUGCGCUUCUUCAGCUCUUGGAUAAUUCUUCCCAUUUUCUCCCAGCCCUUUUCUCAUUUAUUUCUUUCUUUCCCUUCCUCUCUCCAGCACGUUGUUGUUAUUAGAAAGGCUUCGCGCACCCCCUGGUGCUCCGGCGUUUUGUGUGGCAGGAGAAGAUUGUCUUCUCUCUUUCUGUCUUGCUUUCUCUCUCCCUCUGGUUGCUCAUUAUUCAGAGAGAGACACAGAGGGAGGGAGAGAGAGAGAGAGAGCGCGCGCGAGGGAGAGGGAGGAGAGGAGAGAGAAGAGCAGAGAGAGAGGAGAGAGAGAGAGAGAGAGAGAGAGAGAGAGAGAGAGAGAGAGAGAGAGUAAGUGAGAGGAGAGGGAGGGAGAGGGGAGAGAGACGGAUAUCUCAGGUCAUCUGCAGCUGCAGCGAGUCUGAGGAGCCGAGGAAGGCAGGGAAGAUGGCGAUCCUCCAUUGCUGAGACCCGGCAGAAGCACAUGAGACUCCCAAACAACUUCCACAACAAUAACCCGAGCAGGAAGAGGAGAAAGAGAAAGAGGAUAAGGAGGCGGUGGGGCUGGAGAACCCGAAGCACCUCCCGGCGCCGGGACGCUUCUUCUGUAAGUUACUGCAAUUAACCACCACCUCCGGGGUGGUCUGAGUGCUCCGCGGAGGAGAGCGCGGGGCGGUGGAGGCACAAACGCGCUCAUUCAUUCGGCCAAGGAGGGCUGGCGGCACGGGGAGGAGAGGAAGUCCCCUGCAUGGGCUGGCUAGGAGGAGAGAGGAGAAGAAGCUAAAGAGAGACCGAGGAGGAGGAGAAGGGGGGGGGGAGGAGGGAGAGCAGCUGGGGGAGGAGGAAGAGGAGGAGAAGAAGCUAGGGAGGAAGAGGAGGAGGAAGAGGAGAAGGUGGUGGUGGUAGCUGUGGAGGUGGCUGUGCUUUUCCUGCUGGCUGCUCCUUCUGCCUUCUGCUUUGGGGUGGAGGGGGGGUGGCGAGCCCUGUGGCUUAAUUAAUUUCGUGUAGUUCUGUGAAGAGAAGAGAGAGAGAAAAAAUGAAAGAUGAGUGAGGAUUGAGCUGGAGGCUUAGGACGGAUGCUCGGAGUGUGGGGACAGGAGUAGGAACAGAGAAGGGGGGCGGAGGGCUGGAGGCCAGGGGAGACCUGAGCCCGAGCCAGAGGGAGCGAGCAAGGGGUCAGAGGAGGGAGCGCUCAGUGCGAGCGGCCCCGACCUGAGCGGGUUGACCUCUUUCUUUCUCUGUCCCUCUGCUUCCUUUCCCCUCCUCUGUCUGCCUGUCCCCUGCCCGAUGGCAAAGCCGUGUGGAUUGGCACCCCCCUCUUCCCCAGGUUCCUGAUGUGAGAGGGUAGCCCCCGAUCAUGGAGGUGCUUCAGUGCGAUGGCUGUGACUUCCGAGCCCCAUCUUAUGAAGAUCUCAAGGCACACAUCCAGGAUGUCCACACAGCGUUCUUACAGCCGACGGAUGUUGCCGAGGACAAUGAUGAUGAGCCACUCUCUGGGUCCGUGAAUGCUGGUAAUCAGACAGAGGUGGAAUUCUCUUCUAUAAAGGAUGAGUUUGUGAUUGCCGAGGAUUUAUCAGGUCAAAGUGCAACUGCAUUGGGGAGUGGAAGUUACUAUGGCCACAGUCCAGGAUAUUACGGUCAGCAUAUUACCCCUAAUCCCAAACCAACCAACAAAUUUUUUCAGUGCAAGUUCUGCGUGCGCUACUUCAGGUCAAAAAAUCUCCUCAUAGAACAUACUAGGAAGGUCCAUGGAGCUCAAGCUGAAGAGAGUCCCACUGGACCUCCUGUCCCAGGAUCCUUAAAUUAUAAUAUCAUGAUGCACGAAGGAUUUGGAAAGGUCUUUUCUUGCCAGUUUUGCACAUACAAAUCACCUCGGAGGGCAAGGAUAAUUAAGCAUCAGAAGAUGUACCACAAAAACAGUUUGAAGGAGUCCGCAGCACCACCGCCUGCUCCUGCUCCACUGUCAGACCCUGUGGUUCCACCAGUGUCCUUGCAGGACCCCUGCAAGGAACUGCCAGCGGAGGUGGUUGAGCGUAGCAUCUUAGAAUCCAUGGUCAAGCCUUUGACCAAGUCUCGAGGCAACUUCUGUUGUGAGUGGUGCAGCUACCAGACCCCCCGCCGAGAACGCUGGUGCGAUCACAUGAUGAAGAAACACAGAAGUAUGGUCAAGAUCCUUUCUAAUAUCAGGCAACAGCAAGAAGGGACUAAUGUAUCUGAAGUGCAGAAUAAUAAUGAACCCAGCCCCACAUCCAACUCCACCUACCUGUCCAUGAAUGCUGCAAGCCGGGAGAUGCCCAACACUAAUGUCUCCAAUUUCAGGGGCUCUGUGGGCAACUCCAUCAUGAGACCUAAUUCUUCUUCAACUUCCAAGUUUUCCCCUAUGUCUUAUCCUCAGAUGAAGCCGAAGUCACCUCAUAAUUCUGGCCUUGUGAACUUGACAGAGAGAUCCCGUUAUGGAAUGUCUGACAUGACCAAUUCAUCCGCUGACCUGGACACUAACAGCAUGCUAAAUGACUCUAGUUCCGAUGAGGAUUUAAAUGAGGUAGACAGUGAGAAUGGUUUAAGUGUUAUGGAUCACCAGGCCUCAGGACUGUCUGCAGAGCAGCUGAUGGGCUCUGAUGGCAACAAACUGUUAGAGACCAAGGGGAUCCCAUUUCGAAGGUUCAUGAAUAGGUUCCAGUGUCCCUUUUGUCCUUUCCUCACCAUGCACCGUCGCAGCAUUUCCCGUCACAUAGAAAAUAUCCACUUAUCUGGAAAGACAGCUGUCUACAAAUGUGACGAGUGUCCGUUUACUUGUAAGAGCUCAUUAAAACUCGGGGCUCAUAAACAGUGUCACACGGGUACGUCGGAUUGGGAUACUGUGAAUUCUCAAAGCGAAAGUCUGUCUUCCUCAUUGAAUGAAGGAAUGCUAUCUUAUGAGAGCCCCAGCAUCAACGGUAGAAAGUCGGGAGUCAUGUUGGAUCCCUUGCAGCAGCAGCAGCCACCACAGCCACCUCCACCACUACCACCACCACCACCACCACCAUCGCAGCCAGUGCAGCAGCCUCCACCACCGCAGCUGCAGUCACCACACCAGGUGCCACCUCAGCCACAGCCGCCACCACCAACACAGCAGCCACAGCCACCCACACAGGUCCCACCUUUGCACCCUUACAAAUGCACCAUGUGUAGUUAUUCCACCAUGACUCUGAAAGGGCUAAGAGUCCAUCAGCAGCACAAACAUUCAUUCUGCGACAACUUGCCAAAAUUCGAGGGGCAGCCCUCGAGCCUGCCACUGGAAAAUGAGACAGAUAGCCACCCCUCUUCCAGCAACACUGUGAAGAAAAGUCAGACCUCAAUUCUUGGAUUGUCCUCCAAGAAUAACUUUGUAGCUAAGGCCUCUAGGAAACUUGCUAAUGACUUUCCUCUUGAUUUAUCACCUGUGAAGAAGAGAACAAGGAUUGACGAGAUAGCCAGCAAUUUACAGAGCAAAAUCAACCAGACCAAACUGCAGGAAGAUGCUAUCAUCAAUGUCGAGGACGAUGAGGAGGAAGAGGAUGACAACGAAGUAGAAAUAGAGGUUGAACUGGACAGGGAAGAAGAACCAACAGAACCCAUCAUGGAUGUUCCCACUGCCUUUUCAGCCCAACAGAUUUGGGCCAGAGACACCAGUGAAUCCCAGAAGGAGGCUAACUAUAGAAGUAUCACCCAUGAUUACACUGCCACCAAUGGGGCCGAGAUCGAGCUCACACUUUCUGAAGAUGAAGAAGAUUAUUAUGGCUCUUCAACAAGCAUAAAAGAUCACCAAGUGUCCAAUGCAGCGCUGCUGAACACCCAACCCCCUAUCUAUGGGACAGAACACAGUAAUGAAAAUACUGAUUUUGGUGACUCUGGAAGGCUUUACUAUUGUAAACACUGUGACUUUAAUAAUAAAUCUGCCCGGAGUGUUAGCACUCACUACCAGCGAAUGCACCCAUACAUUAAGUUCAGCUUUAGGUAUAUCUUGGACCCCAAUGAUCACAGUGCAGUGUACAGGUGCCUGGAAUGCUAUAUUGACUACACCAACUUUGAAGACCUCCAACAGCAUUAUGGUGAACAUCACCCAGAGGCCAUGAAUGUACUCAACUUUGACCAUUCGGACCUGAUCUACCGAUGUCGAUUUUGUUCCUACACAAGCCCGAAUGUCAGAAGCCUGAUGCCACAUUACCAAAGAAUGCAUCCCACGGUGAAAAUCAACAAUGCUAUGAUCUUUUCAAGCUAUGUUGUAGAGCAGCAGGAAGGGCUGAAUGCUGAGUCCCAGACCCUGCGGGAGAUUUUGAAUUCAGCUCCCAAGAGCAUGGCGACAUCCACGCCGGUGGCUCGUGGUGGUGGUAUGCCAGCUACAUUUAACAAAAAUACUUCUCCCAAGACCUUUACUCCAGAAUGUGAAAACCAGAAAGACCCUUCGGUGAACACCGUUGUUGUUUAUGAUUGUGACGUUUGCUCGUUUGCGAGUCCCAACAUGCACUCUGUCUUGGUUCACUAUCAGAAGAAACACCCUGAAGAAAAGGCCUCGUACUUUAGGAUCCAGAAAACCAUGCGCAUGGUGUCUGUGGACAGAGGCUCUGCCCUUGCCCAAUUAUCAUUUGAGGUGGGUGCUCCAAUGUCUCCCAAAAUGUCCAACAUGGGUUCCCCACCCCCCCCACAGCCCCCACCACCAGACCUCAGUAUUGAGCUUUACUACUGCAAACACUGCUCCUACAGCAAUCGGUCAGUUGUGGGGGUGCUUGUUCACUACCAGAAAAGACACCCAGAAAUAAAGGUCACUGCCAAAUAUAUCAGACAGGCUCCUCCCACAGCUGCAAUGAUGAGAGGGGCUGAAGGGCUCCAAGAUUCCCCUCGGCCUCCUGCACCCAUGCAGUUGAACCGGAGCAGUUCUGAGAGAGAUUGCCCUCCUGUGGAGACUGAGAUGUUCUUUUGCCAGCACUGUGAUUAUGGGAACCGGACGGUCAAGGGCGUCCUCAUUCAUUAUCAGAAGAAGCACCGGGACUUCAAGGCCAAUGCCGAUGUGAUCAGGCAGCACACAGCCACCAUCAGAAGCCUCUGUGACCGGAACCAGAAGCCUGCCAGUUGUGUGCUUCUCCCUGCUUCCGGCAUGGAACGGGACAAAACGAAACUUCGAGCGCUCAAAUGUAGGCAGUGCUCGUAUACCUCCCCCUAUUUCUAUGCACUGCGGAAGCAUAUCAAGAAAGACCACCCUGCCCUGAAGGCCACAGUCACGUCCAUCAUGAGGUGGGCGUUUCUAGAUGGCUUGAUAGAAGCUGGCUACCACUGUGAGUGGUGUAUCUACUCCCACAUGGAACCCAGUGGUUUGCUCCUGCAUUAUCAAAGGAGGCACCCUGAGCAUUAUGUAGAUUACACUUAUAUGGCUACCAAACUCUGGGCGGGGCCAGACCCAUCCUCUCCCACUCUUACCAUGUCAGCUGAAGCCAAAACAUACAGAUGCAGGGACUGUGCUUUUGAAGCCGUCUCUAUCUGGGACAUCACCAAUCAUUACCAAGCGUUCCACCCCUGGGCCAUGAAUGGUGAUGAAUCUGUGUUGCUGGAUAUCAUCAAGGAGAAAGAUGGUGUAGACAAGGCCCUCCUAGCACCUGAAGAGUUGAUAGGCGCUGUGAAUUGUGAAAACAGUCUGCCCAACCCCCUUCCCGAGCAGGAAGCCGAAUGCCCAGAGGAUGCAAGACUUUCCCCAGAGAAAAGCAUUCAUCUGGCUUCAGCUAAUCCUGCUAUAUCUUCCACCCCAUAUCAGUGUACAGUGUGCCAGUCCGAGUACAACAACUUGCAUGGCCUCCUCACCCAUUAUGGGAAGAAGCAUCCUGGGAUGAAAGUGAAGGCUGCUGAUUUUGCCCAGGAUGUUGACAUCAACCCAGGUGCCGUCUACAAAUGCAGGCAUUGUCCGUACAUCAACACUCGCAUCCACGGCGUCCUGACCCACUACCAGAAGCGACACCCGGCCAUCAAGGUGACCGCUGAGGACUUUGUGCAUGAUGUAGAGCAGUCAGCUGACAUAACCCAGAAUGACGUGGAGGAGACAAGUAGGAUUUUCAAACAAGGGUAUGGUGCCUACCGGUGCAAGCUGUGUCCUUAUACACAUGGCACGCUGGAGAAACUCAAAAUCCACUAUGAGAAGUACCACAACCAGCCUGAGUUUGAUGUCUUUUCCCCCUCUCCCCCGAAGUUGCCAGUGUCCCUUGAGCCUGAGAUAACCACCGAAGUGAGCCCCUCCCAGGUCUCCAUGACGGAGGAGGAGGUGGGAGAGGAUCCUAUGUCCACUGCUCACUUCUCUACCUCGCAUCUGGUCUCCCACACUGUGUUCCGGUGCCAGCUCUGCAAGUACUUCUGUUCCACAAGGAAGGGCAUUGCCAGGCAUUACCGGAUCAAGCACAAUAAUGUCCGUGCCCAGCCCGAGGGCAAAAACAAUCUCUUCAAGUGUGCCCUGUGUGCCUACACCAACCCCAUCCGCAAGGGACUGGCAGCCCACUACCAGAAGCGCCACGACAUCGAUGCAUAUUACACCCACUGCCUUGCAGCCUCCAGGACCAUCAGUGACAAGCCCAACAAGGUGAUCAUCCCAUCCCCACCCAAAGAUGACUCUCCUCAGCUGAGCGAGGAACUACGGCGGGCUGUUGAGAAGAAAAAGUGUUCCUUAUGUUCCUUCCAGUCCUUCAGCAAGAAAGGCAUUGUGUCCCAUUAUAUGAAGCGACACCCAGGAGUGUUCCCAAAGAAGCAGCAUGCCAGCAAGCUGGGAGGCUACUUCACAGCCGUCUACGCGGAUGAGCAUGAGAAACCCCCUCUGAUGGAGGAAGAGGGGAGAAGCGGCUUUGAGAGGCCCGAGGUGGAAGGCGAAGCUCAAGACAUUGAGUGGCUCCCAUUCCGCUGCAUCAAAUGCUUCAAGCUGUCCUUCAGCACAGCAGAGCUGCUGUGCAUGCAUUACACAGACCACCACAGCAGGGACCUAAAGAGGGACUUCGUCAUCCUAGGCAGCGGCCCCCGCUUCCAGAACUCCACCUUCCAGUGUAAGCACUGUGAUAGCAAAUUGCAAAGCACAGCUGAGCUGACCUCACACUUGAACAUUCACAAUGAGGAAUUCCAGAAGCGUGCCAAACGCCAGGAGAGGAGGAAACAGCUUUUGAGCAAGCAGAAAUAUGCAGAUGGUGCUUUUGCAGAUUUCAAACAAGAGAGGCCUUUUGGUCACUUAGAAGAGGCACCGAAGAUCAAGGAGAGGAAAGUGGUGGGCUACAAGUGUAAGUUCUGCGUGGAAGUGCAUCCAACGCUCCGGGCCAUCUGUAACCACCUCCGGAAACACGUUCAGUAUGGCAGUGUCCCGGCUGUGUCGGCUGCCGUGAAGCAGGAGGCCGAAGACCCUUCCCACUUGUUCCUGGAUGGAUUUGAAGCAGCCAGAGACGCCAGUGGCACACUGGUGGGCCGGGUGGAUGGUGGACACUGCUUGCUUGAUGGAAUGUUGGAGGAUGAAACCCGGCCGGGGGGAUACCAUUGCAGUCAAUGUGACCGGGUCCUGAUGUCCAUGCAGGGGCUGCGUUCUCAUGAGAGGAGUCACCUAGCCUUGGCCAUGUUUACCCGAGAGGACAAGUACAGCUGCCAGUAUUGCUCCUUUGUUUCUGCAUUCAGACACAACUUGGAUCGCCAUAUGCAGACCCAUCAUGGACACCAUAAACCGUUCCGCUGCAAACUCUGCUCUUUCAAAUCCUCCUACAACAGCCGGUUGAAGACACACAUCCUCAAAGCCCAUGCUGGUGAACAUGCCUACAAAUGUUCUUGGUGCUCAUUUUCCACCAUGACAAUCAGCCAGCUGAAGGAACACUCCCUCAAGGUCCACGGAAAAGCCCUGACCCUUCCCCGGCCACGGAUUGUCAGUCUCCUCUCCUCACAUGCCCACCAUUCCUCUCAGAAGGCUACUCCAGCCGAAGAAGUGGAAGACUCCAAUGACUCCUCUUACUCGGAGCCCCCCGAUGUUCAACAGCAGCUGAAUCACUAUCAGUCAGCUGCCCUGGCAAGAAACAACAGCCGUGUUAGCCCUGUGCCUCCUUCUGGGACUGCUGCUGGCACUGAACAGAAGGCAGAAGCUGUUCUUCACUGCGAAUUCUGUGAAUUCUCCUCUGGCUACAUCCAGAGCAUCAGGCGCCAUUACCGGGACAAGCAUGGUGGGAAGAAGCUUUUCAAAUGCAAAGACUGCUCUUUUUACACCGGCUUUAAGUCUGCUUUUACUAUGCAUGUGGAAGCUGGGCACUCGGCAGUCCCGGAGGAAGGCCCCAAAGAUCUCCGCUGUCCUCUCUGCCUCUAUCAUACCAAAUACAAACGCAACAUGAUCGACCACAUAGUGCUGCACCGAGAAGAGCGCGUUGUCCCCAUUGAAGUGUGCCGUUCCAAACUGUCAAAAUACUUGCAGGGAGUAGUUUUCCGCUGCGAUAAGUGUACCUUCACCUGCUCCAGUGAUGAGAGCCUCCAGCAGCACAUAGAAAAGCACAAUGAACUGAGACCUUACAAAUGCCAGCUCUGCUACUAUGAGACCAAGCACACAGAGGAACUGGACACUCACCUUCGCGAUGAGCAUAAGGUCAGCCGUAACUUUGAGCUGGUUGGACGGGUUAACCUGGAUCAGCUGGAACAGAUGAAGGAGAAGAUGGAGAGCUCCAGCAGUGAUGAUGAGGACAAGGACGACGAAAUGAGCAGCAAGACUGAGGACAGAGAGCUGAUGAGAUUUUCUGACCGGGGGGCUGGUGUGAACACUGAGAAGCGGUUUCCAUGUGAAUUCUGUGGACGGGCAUUCUCACAAGGCUCUGAGUGGGAAAGACACGUUUUGAGACAUGGCAUGGCAUUGCACGAUACUGACCAAGUGAGCAGGGAUGAAAUCCACACAAAGGAGAUGGUGGAGGACAGUAUGCAGCUGCCCUCCAUAGAGGCCAAGGAAGACGAUGAGCCAAUCGGGAUAGACUUUCCCUUAAAGAGUGAAACAGUAACCAUCUGUGUGGUAGCUGCCGACAAAUCUCUCCUGGAGAAUGCAGAGGCCAAAACCGAAUAAGAGUUUGGUGAAAUUCUUAUCAAACCUUACUUGAACCGUGAUGAAAGUGUGGGAGGGCCGGCGUGGGCUGAGAAGGGAGGGGACAGACAGAGGAGAGAAGACCGAACAAAGCUGCUUUUAGGACUGAACAAUCUAUUUUCAAAGCACUGGUACCUGUGUGAGUGAGUAUGUAAAUUAAAGUUAUUUAAAUGGUUGGAAUAUGUGGCUCCUUUCCUGUCACUACAUCCUUCCUUCCGGAUCUUCACCACAGAAGUUUUCGUCUGCUGCGGUUUGGGAAGUACCUUCCAUGGGCACGGCGGUCUCCGUGACCCUCUCGGACAGUGCGUGGAAACCGAGGCUCCUGGACAUUGAAGACUUCUCCUAGGGGAACAACUUUUGGGCGCACAACUUUCAGUGCGUUUUUCUAGUUUUAAUACCUUAAGCUUUUUCAAGACCUAACUGCAGCCGCUUUGGGAGAAAAAAAAAUAACAAAACAGAAAACAAACAAAAAAACUGCUUUGCAUAAAACAGUCACCUGUUUCCUAGUACCUCAGACUUAACCAAGGGAAUUCUCUGCAUUUGUCUGUACUACCUGUCGCCCUUGUGGUUAAAUGUAGAGAGAACUGCUGGACAGGAUGGUGAAUGGAGAAAAAAAAAAGAGUUUUAAAGAAAGGAACACAAAUUGUGCUUAAAAUCCCCAUGUGGGUUUUAUUUCUUAAAAUACUGUGAUUUUUUUAAUUAUUUUAGUAAAAAACAAAACAAAAAAAAAGAAACAGACUUUAAUUACUAGAUAGCUGUGUGUGAACUGUCAUCUUGUAUUCCAGGUAAGCUGUUUAUUAGUGUUCGGCUGUAAUUUAGAAUUUGGUAGGUUCAUGUGAACUAAUUUUAUGGUGAUUGUGGGAUUUCGUUGGCCACAUGUUUAUUUUUCUCUCGAUUUGAGUGUUUCAAACACAGCACAAAUUCAGUUGUCGUUUCUACAUAUGAGUUGUUCUUUGUGUGUUUGUUGGUUUAAUUUGAGGUCAAGGGAAAGUUAGAGGGUGUGUGUGUGUGUGUGUGUGUGUGUGUGUGUGUGUGUGUGUGAAUUUUUAUAAUUUUAAUCAUGAACAUAGCAAAGAGGUUAACUUCUUUUUAAAUUUGUUUUUGUGUUUGUUUCCUUUUUAAUUUAACUAAAGAACCAAACUCUGAUCACAGCUAUGCAGCGUGUGGGCCAGAUAAAGAGGCCCGAUCACCCUUUUUCUUUUUUCUCAACCAACACAUCAUGCGUCUCACCAACGAUUUCUGUUACAUUGGGCUGGCUUUCGUAUGUGCUGUGAGCUCUGUGUUUUGUUUGCUUUGUGUAUUGUGAGGCUGUCUCGUUUCUUUUGGGAGCCAUCCCUUUCGUGAGCUUGGACAAGAGAUGGCGUAUCCUGCAGGGAACCUGGAGAAGCGCUUUUCUCUUUCUGUCUAGCUGCUCCGCGUUUCCCCACAGUAGCUUUUUCUUCCUUCCAAGAGCAACGUAGACUAAAAGCAAGUCUACAUUUAUAGCACAUUAUGAUUGUGAACAAGGAACCCCUUGUUCCAGAAAGUAAAAAGGAACUCUCUUGAAGCUUGGGUUAGUGUGUGUGUGUGUGUGUGUGUAUGUGUGUGUGUGUGUGUGUACACAUGUGCUGGUGUUUGGAUGUAUGUGUGUGAACGAAUGUAAGUCCUUGCUUUUCAUGUUCCUUUUGUUGUCCUUAUUUGUCCUUUUGUUUGUUUUUGUUUUUGUUUUUUUUAACUUGGAAGGGUUGAUAGGGUGGGGGGGGCGGGCCAGAAGGGAAGAGGGUAAACUGAGAUGUCAGUGUCCCACACAGCUUCAGAGAAAAAUCCAUGGAAAGAUGUCGCAUUUGUGAAGUAAGUAAGUACUUGAAAAGCAUGAUCUUGGUUUUGCUUUGUUUUGUUUUUAAUUUUUUUUAUUUUGCUAUUAAGAAUUUUUAUUUGUAGGAUGUUUAAUUUAAUUUUUUUUUUUAGGGAUGGGGGCCAUCAUGUGGAAACCAGAAAAGGGGAAAGUGUGAAAUAUUGAGACAGAGAUUGUUCUGUGUCCUUACUUGCUUUUGAUUGGCCUCAUUUCAAAUGUACUAAACAGUUUCAUACCUGGAUUGGAUGUCUGUGAUGGUUACCAAAAACAAACAAAACAAUGAAAGGAAAAAAAAAGAGAAAAUAAUUGUGACAUGCUUUUAUCACUACUUUAUUUUUCAAAUAACAUGUAAAUAUUGUAAUCCAUUGGAUUUUGUUUUGCUAACCUGUUAAUAAAAAUAUGGGACCAUUAUCCUUUUAACAAGGCUAGAAUGUCAUUUUUUUUCUUUUUCAAACAUAUACCUGAUAUUUUGUGGCCGCACAUUUUGGACGCAUUCUGUUUUCUGUUGACUGUAAUGACGUAGAAUUUACAACAUUUUUUGUUGUUGUUGUUUAAUUUAUACAGAGGACAUUUUUUUCCAGAGCUUGAGAGAAGAAAAUAAAUAGCAAAAUGAUAACCUAUUGACUCCAAUAAUCAGUGUUUCCUGAAACUUGAUAAAAGAGAGGGGGAUCCUGACUCCUUGAAGCCAAGGGUUUAAACACAAAAAAAUAAAAAUAAAAAAAAAUAACUAAAAAUAAAAAACACAAGUAGGUUAUUCAAGUUGUUUGCAACAUACAUUUUGUAAUGAGAUGUGAGAAAUUAAUAAAGAAUUUUUUUCACAUGUA